AUGGGCCCGAGGGCCAAAGCGCUCCGUUUUGAUGAGUGUGAAGGAUGGCUACACCUGAAAUGCUCCCAGAUCGACUCGGACAAAUACGAAUGGCUAGAAAAACGUCUUUCCUCAUUCCUGAAGAUCGUGGGCUGCAGGUGCCCGAUCAUUACUUCCAAGGAAGGCGAAUCUUCACUUCCAAAAUACUUUCCAUCCCCCAUAAUGCCGGCUACUGUGGUGAAAGUGACCCCUUCGUAUGUAGAUGUCACUUCCACUCCACCUACAAAGGAAACUCCUGCAGCCACACCGGAGCAGAAGCAGCCGAACAAAGGGGCAGGGCUAUCGUCCGCUGCAUCGCCCCCACGGACAGACUCAGCUCCACGACAUCCAGUAAAUAUGGCCGAACCCGUCGCGGCGACCAAAGCUACGGCGAACGCCCUUGCUAGCCCAGAGCCUCUAGUGUCCACUCCUUUAACGAAAAACACAUUUGCCGGUAAAAAUGAAAGUCGCGACCAACACUGA